AGUUGAGCGUUCCUUCCGAAACGGGGUUGAGCCAUGCUAAACAUUCCCGUUAAAUCACGCACGAGUUAAUCUUGCACAUAAAAUGUCCACAAAUGAAGCUUGCAGUGAAACCUAUGAGCUUUAACAACACAAGACAAGACGCAGGGGACACGUUAAACCGGACCAAAGUGACCCAACUUUCGUCCUUCGAGGCUCGGAGAUAGACCAUCCACAGGGCCAACUGAUCUACGGUAUCCAGCAUGUUCCCUCAAGUGCACCUCCAUCUUCUCCCUAGCACACGCUGCCUUUUCGACGAGCCCAUCCAUGUAAAGGUGGCCGGUCUGGGGUCCGGGCAGGUGGUCACCAUGAGGGCCCGAGCCACCGACGAGCGGGGGGUGGUCUUCUGCUCGGCGGCCAUCUAUCGGGCGGACGGCGGCGGGGAGCUGGACCUGUGCCGGGACGCCGCUCUGUGCGGCACCUACGAGGGGGUGGAGCCCAUGGGCCCGCUGUGGUCUAUGCGGGCAGCUGUCCCCCACAAGUAUUUCCAUUGGAGUAAGGCGCUGAGUCCUCAUGUGGUCAGGUUCUCAGUGCACGACGGCGUGGACGUGGAGGAGGAGGAGCGGGGAGGUGCCCUAGCAGAGGCCACCAACGAGAGGGUCCUGAUGGGGGAGGGCGUCACGCGGGAGGUCGUCAACCUCGGGAAGUGUAGCACGGUGUUGUUCAUACCACCAGGUGAAGGACCAUUCCCGGGCGUGCUGGAUUUGUCCACCUUUAUGUCCGAGAAGCGAGGCAGCCUGUUGUCCAACAAAGGCUUCGUGGUCCUGAGCGUUCCCGUCUUCUACGACAAACCAGCCAACAUCAAGCACUUGGAACUGGAGUACUUUGAGGAGGCUCUCCGCUUCCUACAGCAGCACCCCAAGGUGGGCAGUGACGGGUUGGGCGUGAUCGGGCGUUCCAAAGCGGGCGACAUUGCCCUGUCCUUGGCAUCCUUCCUGCCCGGCGUACGUGCGGUGGUCUGGAUCAACGGCUGCAGCGCCAACAUCGGAACCCCUCUGCACUACCGGGGCCGACAGAUCCUCUCCCCCUUGACCGCGAACCUGACCAAAAUCAUGCUCACCUCAGACGGCACCAGGAUCAUCAAAUUCUGUGUCGGGGACCCCAAUGGCAAGGACAACCGAACCAGCCGGAUCCCCGUGGAGAAAGCCAGUGCCCACUUCCUCUUUCUGGCUUCCGAGGACGACCUCAACUACGACUGUCGGACCUACAUGGAGAGCAUGGUGGCACGACUCAGGCGGGCCGGGAAUGAGAAUGUGGAGACCGUGUGUUACCCCCGGGCCGGUCACCUCUUGGAGCCACCCUAUGGGCCGCACUGCCACUCAGGUCUGCAUGGGUACCUGCGCGAACCCGUCAUAUGGGGCGGCGAACCCCGAGCUCACGUCCGCGCUGAGGUGCUCGCUUGGAAGAAGGUGGAGGAGUUCUUGAGAAGCCGGCUGAGCUGCCCUCACACCAACACUAAAGCCAAAUUAUAAACUGAAGGAUGCGGAAUACAUCGAAUUUUUUUCUUUGCAAGUUUUUAAAAGAAAAAUUGUGACGUGCAAUACCAGUUUCUGGAAUCAAAUUGUAUUUUAUGUUAUAACCUUUUUUUAAUCAUCUUUUUAUCAUCAAACAUUGCACAA